AUGGGCGACAACUUGGAUGAGCGCAUGGCCCGCAUUCAUGAACUUGAAUUGCUCAGGCAAGAUGCUCUGCACAAGACUGAAUCCAUCACUCGCGACGAAGAAGCUCGACUGUUACAAUUACGAUUAUUAACAAUGAGAGAUGAGAACGCCAGUCUGCGCGACAAAAUCGGCCAGAAGGACUUCAAGAUCAGCUCACUUACCAGAGACUCUGAUCAAACUAAGCUCGACUUGGAUGACAGUAGACAGAGAAUCCGUGCGCAAGAGGCACGACUGAAGAAGCAAGACGUUGAUAUGGCCAGCCUCAAGGCUGAGAUUGAAGCAUUGAACGGCACAAUGCAGGAUUCUGGGAAGGCAAUGCAAGAGAAGUUCGCAUUGGCGAGGGAACUGAACCGAAUCAAGCCAGAGCUGGAGCAUUUGCAGUCACAAGUUACCAGCUUCCAGGCAAUGGUGGCCGAGAGAAACGAUCUUCGUCGACAACUAGACUCUCUCGAGGUGGAGCUGGAGAAUGAAAAGCGGUCAAGAUUGCGGCUGCAAUCCAAGGAUGACGACACAGCAACGGCAGAGCUUAAGUUGCGGCUGGAAAAGGUCGAACAAAAGCUCGUUGCAGAAAGAAGGGAGCGUGAGAAGAUCAAGAAGGAACACGAACGAGAGUUGGCCUCGGCAAAUGCCGAAAACGAAAGACUGGAACAGCGCAUCUCUAGCCUCAAGGAGAAGUCCAAGACGUUACAAUCCGAGCUCAAGGGAGUAAAGGAGCAGCUGGAGGACGCGCAGUCCGAGUUGAUCAGUGACAAGACACGUCAUCCCCCUUGCGGUGGAGAGGAGAAGCCAAGGAAGGCUGUCGCGUCAACAGACGACCUUGGCAAGAAACGUCGAGCCCCAGCAGAGAUGGACUUUGAGUCAAUUACGAUUCAAACACCAGGCAAUGAUAUUGUCGCGCGCGAGAGGCCAACGAGGAAACGCGGCGCAGAAAAGUCUACCGUUGGCGAGAAGUCGGCCUUCUCGGUCACGCCGUUCUUGAAUCGAAACAAGUCACUCACAGACGAUCCUGGCCAGGAGUCAUCCAACAAUGUAUCUGCAGACGCUGAUCCAGAUCCUACGUCAGAUGAGCCAGCCGACCAAGGGCCACCAUCAGAGUCAGAGGGCGAGCAGGAGCCCGCUCCCAAGCCCAAAGUCUCAUUUAAAUCGGCUGUCUCGUUCAAAUCCCCCGGCAAACCCGCAAAGCCCCGUGGGAGACGACCAAAGGCAACAUCAGUGCCUCUCGGCGAUUCCACUCCCGCAAAGACAAAUCGCGUUAUGAGGUCCCGUGGAACGCCCAAGGUGAAGUCACUACCAGACAUUUCUGCCGAAAAGACUGCCGACCAUCCAACUACCACAGACCAGGAAAACGUUCCUAUCGCCGCCUCUAAGAAGACGUCCUCCGUUUUGCAGUCUAAGGCACCGGAAGGGGAGGCCAAGAAGAAGAAGCGAAAGUUACUUGGUGCCGCAAAUACGACGUUGUUUGACGAUGAUGACGGCGAAGCGGUUGUCAAGCCCAAGCCUCAACCUGCCACUGGCAGGAGGACGCGAGCCGUCCUCGGGGGCGGCGUCAGGAAUGCGUUUACCGCAGGUACUUCGUUUUCACCUUUGAAGAGGGAUCGCAGAGGUGUGAAUGCUAGUUUCUUGGCUUGA